AUGGCUUUUGGAAUCACAGCAAAAAAGCAGAGUAAAUUCCACGACUGGUACACUCAGGUUGUAAUCAACGCGGAACUCUUAGACUACUACGACAUCAGAGGGUGCUUCAUAAUGCGUCCAAAUGGAAUGCGAAUCUGGAAAUGCAUCAGGGACUACUUUGAUGAGAAGAUUGGGGAAAUGGGGGUAGAAGAGGCCUAUUUUCCAAUGCUCGUAACAAAAGAGAACAUUGAGAAGGAGAAGAACCAUUUGGCCAACUUCAACCCAGAAUUGGCGUGGAUCACCCGGUGUGGAGAGACUGAACUCGAUCAACCUGUUGCAAUACGUCCAACUUCAGAAACAAUCAUUUAUCCAGCAAUGAGCAAAUGGCUUACGAUACACAGGGACUUGCCUAUGAAAAUAAAUCAGUGGUGCUCUGUUCUGAGAUGGGAGGUGAAGAGCACCCUACCAUUCAUCAGAGGACGAGAGUUCUUGUGGCAGGAAGGACACACCGCCUACUACGGCAAGAAGGAUGCUGAGGAAGAAUGUAGAGAAAUAUUGGAGAUUUAUGCGCAUAUAUAUGAGAAAUUAUUGGCAAUUCCAGUAGUAAGGGGAAUAAAGAGCAAGAAUGAGACAUUUGGUGGGGCAGAAUACACCCUGACAAUUGAGGCAUUUAUUCCAGGAACAGGAAAGGGUGUUCAGGCUGCUACGUCUCACCAUUUGGGUCAGAACUUCGCAAAGAUGUUUGAAAUAAAGGUACAGGACGAUGUGAAGCAAGAACGACUGGUCUACCAGAACUGUUGGGGACUGACAACCAGAUCCAUUGGUAUUGCAACAAUGAUCCAUUCAGACGAUACGGGAUUCAUGUGUGGUCCAAGAGUGGCAAACAUUCAGGUUGUGAUAAUUCUUUGUGGAAUCACCUCAAAGAAAGAAGAAGAGGAAGUCAGUAAGCUUAAAAAAUACGCUUAUUUUGUUGAAGAAAAAUUGAAGGAGCAUAAAAUAAGAGUUCAUGUUGACAUAAAAGAGGGACAAACAGCAGGAUUCAAAUUCAACCAUUGGGAACUGAUGGGUGUUCCAAUCAGACUGGAAAUUGGCUUUAGGGACAUGGAGAAGAAUGAGGUGUGCUGUGCAAGAAGAGAUUUGGGUAAAAACAGGAAACAACUUAAGGUUGAUAAUUUGGUAAAGGAGGUUCAGGCUGAAAUGGAUCAAAUGCACAUGAAUUUGUACGAAAAGGCAAAGGCUGAAAGAGAUCUAAGAACCAAACAAGUUGACACAUUUGACGAGCUUCUUGCUGAAUUGAACAACAAGAAUGUUGUUUUGGCACCGUGGUGCAAUAAUUCGGAAUGUGAGGAUGAAAUAGGUGAAAGAACGACAAUUCGUGAAAACGAUGAAGUUGUAACACAGGGUGGAAAAACACUUUGCAUCCCAUUUGAGAAACCAAGUUCAGCUGGAAAGAUGUGUGUUAACUGCAAUAAGUGUGCAGAGACAUACGUAUUGAUUGGUAGGAGCUAUUGA